AUGUAUACAAAUAUAUCUCUUUUCGGUUUUAAAGGUACAUUAGGUCAACCAAAAUAUCUUCAAUAUAUUACUGAAGAGUUUACAUCACAAGGCUUUACCUAUUCACUUUUGGAUUUAGCUGAUGGAUCAGUUGUUGCAAAUGUAACCAAUGACAACAGUCACCAAUAUCAAAACUUUGGUUUCCUAACAACAUCCCCUAUCGACCAAGAUGGAACCGUAUUGUUAUUUGGCUCAAGUAAUGGUCACAACCAAAUCAAUUCUUUUACUCCAAAUAAUAAUUCAUAUAAUGCUUUGUAUACAACUACCGGUAGUACAUAUUCUACUUCAAUUACACCUCAGCCAGUAUAUUGGGAUGCUACCAACAAAAUAGUUUAUGGCGCUGGUUAUUCUGAUUUACAACAUAAACCAUAUGGUCUUGCUGUUGCUAUUGGUGUUUAUGGAUUUGGAAGAAAUCAACCAAGUCAACCUAUUAUAAUUGCUGUACCAAGUAAAUCAGCAUUCUAUAUGUAUCCAGUUGGAGCAUAUGAUUCAACAAACAAUGUAUAUUAUGUUUAUUUUAAUGCUGGAAACAAUCAAAUGAUUGCUCAAUAUUCAUUCUCUAGUGGUCAAGUCAUCACCAAACAACUACCAAACCAACAACAAACAUUCAUUGGAGUAUCUCAACUAUACACCUACAAAGGUCAAAUAUAUCUCUGUCAAUCUGUCUAUUCACAAUCCAAUACUAUUUGGUCUAUUGACUUUGCCAAUGCCUCAACCAAACAAAUCUACCAAAACGUUGACAAAUCAAAGUACCAAUUCAACAACAAUGUCUUGCCUUUUGUAUUUGACCAAGAGACUGGUUUUAUUUUAGCAUUGAAUCAACUAGAUCACGCUCUCCUUGUUGAUUAUAUUAAUUUGGUUGGCUAUCAAGUUACCCAUUCAUCAUUGAAUAAUGAUCCAAUUAAAACAUUUACAAUCGCUGUUUAUUCUGAAUAA